AUGGGAACUUGAGCACAGUUUGGUCUACAAGAUGCAUCCUCCCCUCUUAUGGAGGAGCUCACAUACUUCCACGAUUAUGCAUUAAUUGUACUUACCCUCAUUACAAUACUAGUUUUUUAUGGGUUAGUUUCCUUGCUUGUAUCCUCUAAUACUAACCGAUUUUUCUUUGAGGGACAAGAGUUAGAAACAAUUUGAACAGUGAUUCCUGCUCUAAUCUUAAUCUUAAUUGCCCUUCCUUCCCUCCAACUCCUUUACCUAAUGGACGAGGUUAAAGACCCCUUCUUGACUAUUAAGGCGUUCGGUCAUCAGUGAUACUGAAGAUACGAGUACACGGACUUCAAAGACCUUGAAUUCGACUCUUAUAUGGUACCUACCUCAGACGUUUCCUUUGGUAACCCCCGCUUAUUAGAAGUGGACAACCGAUUGGUCCUUCCCAUGCAAAACCCCAUACGAGUUCUAGUGUCCUCUGCAGAUGUACUACACUCCUGAGCUGUUCCCUCCCUUGGAACUAAGAUGGAUGCAGUCCCAGGACGCCUCAACCAGACCACAUUCUUUGCAGCUCGCACAGGAGUGUUCUAUGGCCAGUGCUCCGAAAUUUGCGGGGCUAACCAUAGAUUCAUGCCAAUAGUUAUAGAGUCUGUGCCAUUUAAUACCUUUGAAAACUGAGUUACUCAAUACUUAGAAGAAUAA